AUGCUUGUGUGGCAUCAGCGCUAUUUCGGAGUUCAGGCGCAUGCCUUCGUUUGGACCGUCAAUCCGAGACGGAUGCCUGGCAGUCCCGAGCUGGAGGUAUCGUGUGCGGCGAAGACCGUCCUCUUCAUCGCCCGCUUUGGCGUGUCUGUCCGCUGCCCGUUGCGCUUUGAAGAUUACAUUGGUGGUUCCAAUGCAGGAUCGAGUGAGAUUGUUGCUGCUGAUGACCAGAAGUAUGCCCGCUGCGUGUUCGAGCUUCUCAGCAGGCACGCCGAUUUACUCGCACGCCAGCCGGCGUUGAAGCAAAUUGUUCCUGUGCCAGGGGAACGAAUGAGCAUGAGCAAGAGGAGAUGGGAGACAUGCAUGUACCAAGCUCGCACCAUCUUGGAUUUUCUUCAGCAGGAGAAGUACUACCACCUGUUCCUGUUCCUGCAUGCCCGAGCUCGGCAGAUUUCUUGCCUUUCCGAUUCUCCUUUCUUAGUCAGCCUUGCACAUCCAUGCGGCCCAGAUGUUGAUGCUGAUGAGUGGCGCCAGGAAGUCGCCGAUGCCGUCGUGGAAUUGCAGAGCAGGUUUCGCAACCAGGCCCGUCGUAGUUGGGAGGAGGUCGAAGGCGGCGCCGAAGAGACGACUGGAUCCCGUGCAAUUUCUCAAACAUCUUUGGACGAACGGAUCCAGCAGGAGCUGGACGAGUCAGUCGCUCUUGCCCUUGCUGACAAUACACAAGCUUCGGAAGGACGAGUGGCAAGUAGCCAGUUGCACUCCGAACCGGCCCCAGCAGUGAAGCCAGAGGCAGCUGACCAGCAAGAACUGCAGGAUCUGCAGAGUCUCACAAAACGCAGAAGACUCACACCAGCCGCCAUGAAAACCAGCGGUGCCUUCGACAACCUGUUCGAGGAGUUGUCUGCAGCCACGGCCGGUGCAUUGCCACAAAUACCUCCCCAUCAGCCUGCGCCGAGACAAAGGACGGUUCUCCAGCACACAACUCAUCUGCUUGAGUUCGUGAAACAGCGGCAGCCCAGCUGGUCGGACACGCUGGUGCGUGCAGCCGCAGCAGGCUUAACAGUGUACCGGACACGGUAUCAGGAUCUCUUUGUGCGGGAUUACGUGGCACUCCUCUGGAUCAUGGAGGGCGAGCGCUACUUGCGUUCUCACAAUGGCACCUGUUAUCUCUACCAUGAGCAUGGUGCUUUCGAAGCAUUCAGAGGAAUACCUCCUGAGUCAACGUUUGCCCGUGUGAAGCCGUUCCUGCUGACUUUGGAGGGGAUGUUUCGCACCCUGAGCCCGAGCACUGGGCGUUCCGACGAUGCCGUUUUAAACGGCAUCGCCCAGACUUUGCAGCAGCACAACCAUGAGCCCGAAUACUUCGAGGCAUGCCGAGAUGCGGCGUUGUACCCACCGGAGCGACCGGGAAGAGCUGCAGCAACCAGAUCAAGGCAACAGGAGGACGAAGCUCCCAACCCUGCAGAUGGCUGGCCUUGUGUCGUUGCGAACAUGAUAUCGAAAAUUGCAGGGCCCUUGCAGAAAGACUUGCUGGAUGAGCGACGCCUUCUACAGUUUGUAGUUGAGUGGUGUGAAACUCCCUCCCGCAGACAAGCUGGAGUGGCUUUUGCGGACGCGUGCCUCUUGUACGACGGAUCUCCAGACGAGAUAUGUACUUUCGUGGCCAAGAUAGGCAUUCGAGAUGCUCAAACAUCAGAAGUGUGGGCCGUGCUGUUGGAGCGGAAGUACCUCAUGCCACUGGGUGAGACGAGGGAGAAGCAAAUCCAUUACUUUCCCAAGCUCUUUUGCAAGCAAGAUCUCUCCUGCCUGGGCUCGCUGAGUGUGCCCGAGUCACGAACGAUCCUUACGGAGUCUCUGCAAGCAAAUCGGUUUUGGACGGCCCUGUGUGCAUGCCCAAUGAGAGACAGCAAUGCACAGAUUCUUCAGCAGUUCUAUCAGGACGUGAUCUCACGCCUUUCAAGCAAGAGAGGAAAAAAGAGUGACCACGAGAAGGCUGCGAUUUCCGUUUGGCAGGACAAGCUGGACAAGCUGCGAGACCGAGAGGACGAGGCAGCAGCAUUGAUGGAACAUCUGCAGAAACACGACCCGUCCAGACCGGCCAAACGCCAUCGCAAGAAAGUUUCUAGCCCAUCGAAGCCAACGGGAUCCUCCGUGCCAGCCCCCUCGCAAGAGGAUGCCAACGUUUUGGGCAACCCUUUCAACAGCAUGCCGGUUGUGACCCUACAAGUAACAUACGACCAAAAGCUCGACGAUUUGAUCAGAACCCGCCGCUAUGCCAACGGUUUUUCCUGUCAGAAGCUUGCACGUGUCUGGCAGACCCAUGUCGCUGCAGACACAGUGGACUUGGACAUAACGAACUGUUGUUUCGUUCUACUGCUUCAGAUGCUGGACAAGCUCCAGCCACAACACUCACAUUGGGCUGGAGUGCGUGAAACCUUGCGCGAAUGUGCCGAGGACCGAGAAUUAGCGAUCCGCCACAAGUUGAAAACUGUGCCUGAGACCGGCAAGCUUUUGCUGAUCAAGAUUUUCAACGGCGGCUUGCCCCCUGAGGAGUUCUCCAGGAACGAGUUCGUUCUCAAGGUGCAAAAGGCAUCCACAUUCUGCAGGUGGCUCGCUGCUUCGUUGCUGCCGGAAGUGUUUCAGCACGCCUCUGCCAAUCGACCUCACCCAGACUCGUCUUGCCUUUUUUAUCUAUGGAGCGCUGUCGAGGACAUGUUGCUGGAUCCCUGGCUGGAGCAUCUUCUGACGCUCCAGCCAAGUCACACUAGCUUGCACUUUGAUGGAGUCCGUGUCAGCAGAUCCGUGACAGGACCAGAUCUGACAGAGUUCUGCCGAGGCUGCAAUGCUGCCAUCGAAAAGCAGACUGGCUUCCGCGUGGACAUCAGAGCGAAAACGCACAAACACUUCAUGCAGGUUCUACUCGAUACUGGGGCUGUUCUGGAUCACAGUGUCGAUGUGCCGGACGAGCUUCUUACGGAUGGUAAUUGCAUUCCGCUAGCCUUGUAUCAUUUGGGGUAUGCAGACGAGGCCGUGGCUUUCGUGAAUGCAGCUGAUGCCGAGCAUGCCCACUAUUUCAAUCGCAGGAACCAUCGCACCUAUGGACAGCUGCAGGAGGCCCUGCAGAUCUCAAUCGAGCCAAUUGAAAUUUCAAGCAAUUUGUCGAGCGUUUCAUUGUGUGGCAAAUACUUGCUACACUGCAUCAGCGAUGAUCGACCUCACUGCAUCGCUCUGGUUGCAGAUGGAACUGACCUCUGGAAAGUUAGUGACGGAAAAAAGCGAAUCUCGGUCGAGAGGGAACAGGUCUUGACGGCAUGGACGACCUCCGUCGACCGCCUGUACCUGGUUUUGUUUCAGGUCGGCGGCCCAAAGAUCGAGGAGGUGCCGUUGCAGCCAAACUUCAAGCAGAGACGUCGCUUAUUGGAGCUUCAAGCAGCAGCAGGCUCUGAACCCAGCAGAGCCCGGCCUAUUGUGUGUUGCGGAAGCGAAACAGACUCGGAGCUGUUCGCAGAGGAAGACGAGUCUAUGUGCCGAGCAGGUGACCGUAUCCUGGAGUUGCUGAGGCAGGAAGUGGAGGCCGUGCUCGCCAAGCGCAUCAAGCCUGUUCCGAUUGAGGAUAGCGCGAUGCUGGUUUGCCCCCUUUGCCCUUUCCGAGGAUUUGGCAGCAGCAACCCCAACAGACUUUAUAAGCAUGUCCGAAAUUACCACGACGGGCCGAGGCAAUUCUGUCCCAGUGGCACCAAACAGAUGAAGCUGUUGAUCAGCAUCUAUGACAAUGACCGCCUACUUGGCCGCGAAGAGCGGCCCGACUUGCUGCAGCGUUCAGCAACCCUCAUUCGCCAGACUGUUUUACCUGCGCUGGAACGUUCGAUCAACCAGAUCGACCGCUACAUCAGAUUGGUUUUGACAGGCUCCGGGCCAGAGUAUUGGAACUUGACUGCCGUGCUGCAGGCGCCGCUGCGUAGGGCGCGCAACAUCUACUACAAUGUCGACUUUGCGCAGAUGCUCUUCCAGCAGACGUUGGUCCAGAAUGCUAAGGUCCACGCCAUCAUGGCAGCCUUGCACACGCGUGUUCACGGAGAUGCAGCCAGUCUUCUGCCAAGCCAUGCCAAGGACUGGUGGCCCGUACUGGAGGAUAUCUUCACUUCCUCUGCAGUGGUCGACAUGGAAGCAAAUUUAGUUCGGGAGGCCAUUGGACACAAAGAAUGCUUGUGCCUCAGCAUCGACGCCACGCUCCGCUGCUGCCUGUCUGUGCUGGGUCAGCCGAAACGGCGCCGCUCCAGCCGGGAGGCAGUGCAGGCUGCGUUUGACGAGGAAAGCAUGCUGCGCAGAGCUCCCCUGAUUCCAUCUGUGAACUCGUUCAUUCAAGCAAAGGUUUUCACUGUGCGCGGUCGCACCAACGCCACGCUCAUCAUGACGGCUUGCCAGUCUGACGAUGCUCGGAGUUGCGCCCAGGUGCUUAGCGAAGGGCUUCCUGCAGAGGGCUUGCGGCAGGUCCAGUAUGUGAGUGUCGACAACCCCUCUCGGCACUACUUACUCACACUGAAGACCAUAUGCCCCAAUCUCCAACUCAUGGCACUUGAUCCUGUCCAUCUUGCAAUGACGUGCGAAUAUGCCUCGUCAAGAAGGCGGACCGGUUUCACGAGAGUCCUCAGACGGUUGCUGUGCAAGUUCACUUCCGUGGAUUCGACAUUAGACGCAGGUGCAUGGGGUAAAUUUUUUGAUGGCCGCAACAGUCCGCCACUGACAGCAGCGGAAAUCAAAUUUCGCAAUCAGAUCGAGGACCGCUCCAUGCGGCAGACAGAGGCUGUCAGGCUUUUAGAGGGCCUCGACCCGACCACUCCUUUCUAUUCCCGCACCGAAUGGGUGCAGAUGCUGGCUGCAGUCGUUUCUGUGCACAGGCAAGAGGCCGACAGACUAGCCCCGGGCCCCAACCGCCGCAUCUGGCAGCUGUUGCACACUGCGUCUGCCGCAGACAGGAGUGAGUGGUACUUAAACAACAUCAGGCUGCGUCAUUCUUUCCCAAGAACUUAUUUAAACCUCUUGCCGGCUGGAACCACCAGCAACGAGUCCUUGCAUCAUGAAAUCAACUCAUGGUUUCGGGAGACUCAGAAGAUCCACCAGAGCAGCCUCAAGAUGAAGCUCAGGAUCUUACGUCUCGGCAAGCUAAUUUCACACAAUGCAGCCAUGUACCAUCAAACGAGCCGACAGCUCAGUCAGGCCAUUGUGCUGGCUCGUGCGAGCAGCCACUGUCUGUGGAACGCUGGGCAGUGGAAAGAAUGGUGCAGCCUCUUGGAAGACGACGGCAAACUGCAAAAAGCAGAGUUGCCAGUCGAAAAAGCGCGCAGCUCAGAAAGAGCUGCUGUGCGUGUCCGUGCAAAGCACGGCACAGGAUCUCGUCUGCCUAAGGCACGGGUCCGAAGACGAACUCCACACACUUUAAAACGAAAGGAUGGCCUGCGCCGAGGUGGAGUGCACGUCGAAGUGAUGUGCAGUGGGUGA